AUGGCAAUAUUUAACGCCGAACCAUUAUCAAAUCAAUCCUGGCAAUGCCAUCCAAUGCAAUAUCCAUAUAAGCGAUCAUUGAGCACUUUUGAGAAUUCGGUUUUGACAAACCCAACUUCGAUCACGCCGUCUAAUUCAACCAAGGUAAUAUGGAAAACAUCAACGACGACAAGGCUGAAUUCAGGGUUCUUAAAUCUUGAUUUUGUAAUUACAAAAUCUGAUUCUUCUAUUUCGAGCUCUACUUCCGCACUUUCAACCUCCGCACCUUUAUAUACAACCUACAAUACUCGAUAUAGUUCCAAUUCCUCUGGCAAUGUUACAAAGUCCUUAACUAUUAUUUCAAAAACUUUAACUAAGGUCCCUACUAAAACACUCCAAAAAUUUAUUACUACUACAUCGCAUUCGGCUUCAAUCACAAAUUCAGACAAUGUUUCUGCAUCCACUAUCGGUUUAAUUCUGAAUUCAACUUCUAAAAUUUCCAUCCCUUCCUCUUCUAAAACUACUGUCCUUUCCGUUGUUCCUUCCCCCCAUUCUAAAACCGUUGUUCCUUCUUCUAAAACCGGUUUUCCCUCUUCUUCUGAAACCGGUUUUCCUUCUUCUAAAACCGUUUCUUCUUCUAAAACCGUUUCCCCUUCAUUUGUUACCAGUUCAACCUACACUGCAACUUAUAAAACCAUCUCUCAUUUCUCGGUUCUCUCUUCAGCUCAAAAAACAUCUACUUUAUCAAACACAAAAUCUACUCCAACAAAGUCUAUCUCUCCAAUUCAAACACACACUCCAAUAAUAAUAUCUCACGUGUCCAUCCAAUUUAACCAAAUAUGUACGUUGAGAUUAAUGGAUAUAUUAUUGGGAUGGUUUAAUCCUUUAUUCUUCUUUCUGCUAAGCUGGAUUGUAAUGUUGGAUUUGGAUGAGUAUUGUAUUGGAAGUUUUAAUGGACUAUACGAUAGAGCUAGGAAUAUGAGGCGCGGGUACAUGAUGGUAUAA